GAAACAAAAUCAAAAAUUGAAAAGUUUGCAAGUAAUGGUGGAGGAUAUAGUUUUUUUGAGAAUUUAACAUGUAAACAUCAGACUUUAAUGUCCUUCAUUCGCUUUUUGUUUUUUACGGCUUGCAUCAAAAUAAUUAAAUAUACUGAUUUGACUAAAUCGACGACUUUCGUAUAUUUGAGCACAGAAAAGUGUUUUAAAGCACUGCUCGGAUUUUUGGUGAUCGUGUUUAUUAUAGUAUGUGCGUUCGUAAUUCUCGGUCAUGGCUUAUUUGGUGAUCAGGUAAAUGAAUUUUCAACUAUUCAAGAUUCCCUUAUGUCUACAAUAAAGAUACUAAUGCAAGAUUUUCAUUUACAAAAUUUAAGACGCUUAGAUAAAUCUCUGAUAAUGGGUUUCUUUGUGUUGAUUAUUUUUGUAGCAAUAUUUAUUCUUUUAAACAUGUUAGUAGCUAUGGUUUUUCACGUUUAUUAUAAUUUGGAUUUCGAAGUUAUCAUUGGGAAUAGGAAGUAUUUCGUAUGGGACAUUGUAAUUGAAAAAAUAGACUAUAUCUUUGAAAAAUGUAAGUUGAAAAAUUGGAUUAGAAAACGAAAACAAAAAAGAUUUAAAAAUGAACUAAAACACUACAUAAGUUAUCUGGAUGUUGUACAAAUUUUAAAAAGAUCUCAUUUUACUGACAAUGAAUUGAAGCAUUUUUUGGAUAGGUUCAAAAUCGAAUCACCGAAAAAAAUUCACGAAAGUGAAGCUAGACAGUUAUAUAUUGACAUGUCAAAAGAUCAACGUUCAUUCGGUAACAACAGUGAAAUAAUUGAAAAAUCUAAUAUUGUAUGGUAACAAAUUUUAUUUAGGGAUUACUUUGAUACAUAACAAAGAUUCACUUGAGUAUUUUAGGUUAAGUAAGCAUGUUGAAGUUUUAGAAAAGACAUUAAUAGAAGCUAGUGAAACAUUAAAUGCACUCAAAUUUAAAGUAGACAAUAUGCUGUUUGAAUCUUAAACUAUCAUGAACUUUUAUGUAAUAAUUUGUUUUUACAAUUUUUAUUUACUUAA